UCAUGCAUGGUUGUCUCUACGGAUUGCUUGCAGAUUGCAUUCUUUUUUCCGCGAUAAAAAGUUUUUUAUCCCAAUUUGCAGCUUUUGAGUUAAACAAGGUAGUUAAAGGCAAUGGUUCUCGUGAUAGCAUUAUUUUACCAGUAAAUGUGUGGUUAAAAAUUAUAUUUGGUGAUCAAAUAGACUACGUUCUGUGUGAAUUGCGUAUCAUGUAACUUUUGUGGUUUAUUUUGCGGGCUGAACUAUCUAUUUUCAACUCAGGAUUCUUCCUUGCAAUGCGCCACCCAAAAUAGGCAACCAUGAGUUGGCUCCGGACAACCAGCCUCUCGCUUGCUCGCCAGCUCUCGAGGACCCUCGACCCUCGACACGACUACGAGCCACAUGCCUGCUACGUGUCAUUUUGCAAGCACUGGCAACAGGCACACGAUAUUAUACUUAAAUCUCAACCAACCCACCUACACGACGAUGUCCUAGGCGUAGUGAACCACCUGGAACAGCUCUCCACCCUGCUAGUACUCGAGGCUAAAGCGAGGGAGAUCAACACUGCGACCAGCCCCGCCUCCUGCCUAGAGUAUCUACUCAGUGAAAACCUGCUGGAUAAGCUUUAUGAAUGGGCUGUUUGUACUGGAAAAUACGAAAAUGCCGUGCGCUUGGAGGAGCUCAAGUUAUUUGGACAUCUUAUCAGCCAUUAUAGUACUCAGGUGAUUGCAGCAGAGCCUUUCCUACGACCGCUGCUGAAAUUGUUAAGCGGAUUCCGAAAUGAAUUACCUCCACCUAAUCUUGAGAGUCAGUUAGUGACGGUACUGAACCAGAUGUGUGUGGCGUUGAUGCAGAACAUCAAGUUCUUGGAUUUGUUCUUCCUAACCAUGCACACACAAAAAGGAUCUCAAGCUGAGUUUAUAAUAGUCCGUCUCCUGCUGUCGUCGGUCCACCGCGAGGGCAGCCCGGGCGCGGCCGCGCGGGACGCGCUCCUGCUCUGUGCCAAGAUGUCGGCGCGCUGUCCACAGCUCGCCGACUUCAUGCUGGCCGGGAACACGUGUCCUGUACUCGCUACUGGUCUAAGCGGUCUGUACUCCCUCCUACCCCGGACCUUGAGCGAGCAAGUAUACCGCCUGACACCGGACGACGUGAACCACGUACAUAAACUGACGCUGUUCAUAGACUCGCUAGAGUUCUGUAACGCUGUGGCACAGGUUGCUCAUCCCUCAAUAAAGAAGCAUCUACUAGAUCUACUAUACCAAGGGUUCCUAGUGCCGGUGAUGGGCCCAGCGUUACUACAGACGAAAGCGGCGACGUUGCAGAGUGGCGCAGCGGAACAAGCGGCGGCGAUGGCGUACCUCGAACUUCUAUUGCGAUGCGUCACCAGGCGAGGACUAUUGCGGGCUGUGCUUCAUUUCCUCUUUGUAUAUGAGUAUGAUGGAGUUAGAGUCGUCGAUGUAUUGUUACGAAGACUUGAAGGCAAUUCUCAGCUAUCACUAGUCUCCUUAGCUCUAAUGGAGACACUAAUCGACCUCAACUGCGAAGAUGUGAUGGUAGACCUGGUCUUCAAGCACCUUCUCAACGGCCAUCACCUGAUGGUAGCCUAUAGACAUAAGAUAGCUGAUCCGGAGCCGUAUAGAGACGCGGCUAUCGCAUUCUUGGGUCUCUCGCCUAGAUGCUGCUCGAGGCCUAUGGAGAUGACAAAACAUUGGAUAGACGAGCUAGCAAUGAGCGGACGUCGCGUCCUUGAUCUGAAGAGUGACAACGAGAGGCGAGUGAAUGGAGUCCACGACGAUAUCGCCAUGAGCAGUCUGGUACAUGAAAUUAAAGUCAAUUAUGGGAACCCCAACGACACACUAUUCGGCAACUACCACGCCUACAUCUGCGACUCGCGCUUCGAAAUAGUAUCCCGCGUACUAGCAUGCAGUAACUGGAGCUCACGGUAUGACAGCGUCACGCCGCCAAAAAGAGAAACCAACAACAAUACAAAAGAAACGAAAGAGAUAGACAUAGUCUCACCGAAAGAGCAGGACAGCCUUAUUUCAUGUACGAGCGGAUAUGAGACAAAAACAAGCGACAGUUCGGAAAAAGAACAACACAGUUUGACGUCACUGAAUGAACAGGAGAAUGAAGUGAAGACCGAAUUGAAUGAAUUAAAAGAACAUGAUAGUUUGACGUCUACCGGGGAGAGUAGUGGGUAUGAGAGCUUUAAGUAUAAGGAGGGGGAGGGGGAUGAGGGAUUCGCUGAGGAGUUAUUCCGGAGGAGUUUUGUAAAGAAGGAGGAUAAUGGGUAUGAAGGGGAGGUGCCUUUGAUCAGAAGCUGGAGGGCCAGUGCUGAAUCAAUUAUUGGCCCAUUACUAGCCAGCCUUCUGAAGAAGACAGCAGUUCUCUUAGAAUCUGAAGUGAUAGUAAACUGCCGCGUCACGAGUGUAGUCUCCAAAUUGGCGUCACUACCUACACCUCUGCUGACCUCGCUACUGCUGUGUCCCGGAUUUGUACUGCAGCCUAACGUGCCUUCUCUGUUUCAGAUACUAAGUAAACUAAAAGAAGAAGUAGAAGAGCUGACGGAAGGUAUAGACAACACGGGCGAGCUGGUGGACAAGGCGCGAGUUUACCUCAUACAACGAGAGAUGGCGUUAGUAAAGACACGAGGCCCGACGAAUGAUGAUAGUCACGGCCACGACUCACCGUCCCAGAAAUCGGACGACUCGCCCUUCCGACGUGUCGAGGCGAAACGUCGCAGUCUCUCCAAUAGCAUAUCCAACAUGUUUGGACGGAGAUUAUCUUCUUCAUCGCCCUCCCAGCAUCACAUGCACAGCCCACAACCCCACACAUACGCCAGCCCACAAAAACGACCAGUGUUCACACAGGAAUCGUACUGGAACCAGUCCAUCACACUACGCUCAAUACUAAACGCCGUCAUACUUGAUGAGUGGCUUAAAGAAUUAGCUGCACUAUGCGAAGAACAUGCCCUACGACUUUCAGCCAAUCACUAUGAAGAUGAGAGCUACGUACAAGCCGUCGCCUUAUGACUGAGAGCCAAAACCGCUGAAGGUAUUUACCUAAAAAGAAAUGCCCUCAACGGAAAAACUAAUGACACAUUCGUCUGAAUGCAAUUCGCCAUAAUAACGUUACUCGAUAGCAACUAUCGAUUCUUUAGUCGAUUUUACGAUUGGUGUUCACUACUUUUCAUAAUCGACUAAUUUUUAAAUGUAUGUGGGAAGCUAUCACAAAAGUCCAAGUGUUUUUGAAACAUGUGAUUUCUAGGUGUUGAGAGUUGCCUUUUACGUAUAGCAGGAAUUUACAACGUAAUGUAAAUAUUAAAGUAAGGAUCGGAUUUUAUGGAUAAGUGACGACAUUUGAACGUUAACGAUUUUUUCUACAAACAUUAAUGUUAUUUUAGACGUCAAUAACAAGCAGUAUUUAAUGUAUUAAUUAUAGUGUAGUUAAAUAAAAUCUAUCAACAAUUUUUUAACAAAAAUCUUACAUAAGUCCUAAAAAUAUUCUUCCCGUAACUAGACGAGCUUUUAACCGCGAGAGAAUCGAUCGCGUCUUUACAAUAUUCGACUAAAAUCGUUAAUGUUCGUGUUCCAAAUGUAUUAGGCGAGUUUUUACGAACAAAAAUAUCAAUUAUUUUAGAUUGUACCGCGUGUACACUUUAUUUAGUUGUAGCAAGCAUCACAUACUUAAACUAAGUACCUAACUUUACUAGAAUAAUUUAGUUGCAAUUAUUUUUUAAACGUAUAAACUGGAUUGCCAUCAACGUAAUUUUGAACUGUGAUUUUUGUAAUGUUCAAACAAAAAUUAAAUAAAAAUUUUCCUGAAUAUUUAUUGUGAAAAUGAAAUGGAUACUUUUGUCUGUGUGAUUUUUUAUUAAUUUUUAUGGUCUUGAUCUAUGUUUUCGAGUAGUAUCUAAUUAUAUUCUGUCUAUAGGCAUUGUUUAAAGAAUGAGUCGAGUUACUCGUGGAACAGUUACGUGAGUGAGUCGAAAAACAUAAUAAUUGUUUAAAAGCAAUAGCAAUUGUAUAGAUUUAAUAUCAACUUUUAUGUCAAUGCAAAAUAUCAGAAAUAUUACUUUAGUAUUUCAUAAUAUUAGUUGAAAAGUUGGGAUUGUGAACAGUGCCUAUAAACCAAUUUUAAUACUAACUAUUCUGAUGUUAUAUUUUAUUUGGAAAUUAAUUAUUAUUUUAAUAUUGUUUUACUAACAUU